CGUCGAGGAUCAAUUUUGCUUUCGUGGCUACGUAUUCUUCUAUUGCUGAGGUUCUCCGAAGGGCUUCCUUUUUCUCCAAAAAUAUUCGACUACUUAUUUUUGAGCUGAUUCAAAACAUUCAUUCAUGCACUUGCUUUAUGCAUUCAGCAUCCGUUCCAUGUUCGACGUGCACUUGUUGGCAUGGAUAUGGUGUGGAAUAUGUGCAGCCGCGUGCAUCUUCGUUGUCAACGUAAAAAGGAUGAGGACCCCGAGGGAUGCAGCUGAAAAUAACGCCGAGUUCCGGGGACUGCAACGAAAAUUUCUUUUUCCUUAUUUGGUCGUGCUCUUCUCGGAAAGUCUGCAGGCACCGUAUUUGUAUGCGUUCUACUAUGACUUGCGGUAUGUUGCAUCGCAAAUUGCUGUGUUAUACGUCGCUGGCCUCGUUUCAAACAUGAUGUGCAGCUUCUACUGCGUUCAUCUUUCCGCCAGAUAUGGUCGAAAAGCUCUCUGUUUGCUCUGCCUUGUCGCUGGAUGCAUGGGAUGUGCAUGCAAACUUUUCCCUUCAUUUAUGAUCCUCUUCAUUGGACGUAUUCUCGAUGGUUUCUUUGCUGCUCUAGUCACUAGUCCCUUCCAGCAAUGGUAUCUUGACGAACAUCAAGUGACCUUCGAUUUUCCUCCUGAAUGGAUACAGUCGACUUUGACGAUAUUGUCACUGGGCGCAGGUUUUCUAUCGGUUACUGCUGGUGUCACUUCACACAUUGUUGUUGGAAUAUCCAAAGUAAUAGCUAUUCCUUAUAUUUUGGCAACAUGCUCUAUGUUCAUUGGUGGAGUUUUCAUCUCGUCGCAGUGGACUGAGAAUAAGUCGGUUGAUGCUCCAUUACCAUUUAGAAAUGUUAUCGGGAAAGCUCUUGCGGUUAUUCGCUCUAAUCCUAUAGCGCUAGUGAUAAGUGUAACCUCAUGCUGUGCUGAAAUGGCUAUCCACAUGUUUGUUUUUGUCUGGGCACCACUCUUCAUCAAAGCCGAGCAUAAAGGCACAAGCGUUUACAAGCUUGGUAUAAUCUACGCUUCAUUCGUGGCUUCAUACCUAGCUGGUCUUCUUCUUUACACAACAGCAUCGAAGAAAUUUCGGAAUGCACGACUUUUGGUAACAUCAAUGGUAGUCGCCUUCAUUGUACUGAUCGUUGCAAUUCGCGAAUUACCGUUCUACAGCACUGACUGGACCGAGACCCGUUUCGAACGUGUUUUCCUUUGCUUAGUGAUAUUUGAACUCACAUGUGGUGUUUAUAGUCCAGCAAUGGAGGCUUUGCAGACCACUGUAUUGCCUUACUUACAUCAACGAUCCGUCCUUCUUGCUCUUGUUCGACUUCCGCUGACAUUUUUCGUUUCCUUGACAAUCCUCACAUUCUUCGCUACACCUGGAGGAGAAUUCAAACUGAUGAUAUUUAUUGUGGUGCAGCUAUUUAUCGCGGCCCUUCUCUCAUUGCUGUUGGAUGCGGUUGUCAUGAAUCGCGGCUACGAACAAGAACCGGACCAUUUCUAUCUGCCAACCACAAUAACGAACAUGGAUGCCAAAUUAACAAAGCAAGAACUCGAUGACACAAUGGGGACUUUAUCAACCGUCGUCUAUGGAUAAAUUUGCGAAUCGGUCAGAAAGUUUAUUCUGCGAUGCGUUAAUAAGAUAAUAUAUUUUUACCUGUCUAAAGGGGCAUACAUUCUCAGCAUUCAGAGUCUGUUAUUUAUCUUCUAUGUCUUUUCCGAUUGUUACGGUAUUUUUGUCAAUGGCUUUCUGUGCCUGGUCACGACAUUUGUUUGUUUGUUGGAUUGACCGCUCUAUGAAUGUGGAGGCGCCUACGGCGCAGAAAAUGUAGCCUAAUCACGGGUUUUCAGUAGUUGGGUAAUGCUAAUAUAUGUUUGUUGUAAAUCGUUUAUAAUUCUUUACGAAUAAAUUUACCUUUCUUCACCGU